AUGUCAGAGGCAGACGUACUCAAAAUCCAAAAUUCCUCUGUAAACGUUGUUUCACAUCAAAAAACCUUCACAUUCGACUAUGUUUUUGGCCCUAAUAGCACACAAGAUGAGAUUUUCGUUACUUUGGCAUCCCCCUUGAUCCACAAAUUUAUUGAUGGUUAUAAUGUCACUAUCUUAGCCUAUGGACAAACGUCAUCUGGAAAAACGUAUACAAUGGGAACAGCACAGCAUGGAGAUGACGCCGACGACAUACAAAACGAAGGCAUCAUUCCACGAGCCAUGAGUUUAUUAUUCGAGACGAAAUUCCGGCCGUUAUCAGUUGCUUCCGCGUUGGACGACAUGCGUAGAAACAAAAGCUCGAUUAAAGUCUCAUUUGUCGAGAUUUAUAAUGAAGAUUUGGUCGAUUUACUCAACCCUACUCCCCCGUCAGAGCGAACACCAGUUUCCAUUAGAGAAGAUUCAAAAGGUCAAAUAUACUGGAGUGGAGUUCGAGAAUUAGCGGUAGAAAAUACCAAUGACGUCUUGAACUUUUUGGAGCAAGGUACUCGCAACCGUGCCACAGGAUCAACUGAUAUGAACGAAAAGUCAUCUCGUUCGCAUGCUAUUUUCUCAGUUACACUUCGUCAAGAAAAAUGGGUCCCAUCCAGCGGAUCGAGCUCUCCCAUCCCCGCAUCUCAACGAUCGCCAAGUCCAAGCAAUGGAGAGGAAGGCGACUGGGUCAUCACGCAUUCCAAGUUUCAUUUUGUAGAUCUUGCCGGAAGUGAAAGACUUAAGAGAACAGCGGCUGAAGGAGACAGAAGGAAGGAAGGCAUCAAUAUCAAUGGAGGUCUUCUCGCAUUAGGAAAUGUUAUUUCCGCACUAGGCGAUCCAUCCAAGAAAAGUACACACGUACCCUACCGAGACUCCAAACUGACCCGCUUAUUGCAGGAUUCAUUAGGAGGCAAUGCUACCACUCUCAUGAUUGCCUGUGUAAGUCCUGCCGAAUACAAUUUGAUAGAAACUGUCAAUACCCUGAUGUACGCCAAUCGAGCAAGAAAUAUUCGU